CAAAUGAUACUGCACAUUUAUCAAUCCCUCCUCCUUCUAUUGUUAAAGAAUAUUUACAUGAGCAGAGGAAUUUACAUCAGCAGAGGAAUUUACAUCAGCACAGCAAUUUGUAGUAAAUCGGUUGGAGCACCUAAAAUGAGGAGGGACUUCCCGGCCAGCAGGAACUCUUGCGUCAAAACUGAAGGUGUAGUAGUCACAGGAAACAAAAAUGAAAUCCGAAAAAAUGAAGCCCGAAAAAAAGAAGCCCGAAAAAAAGAAGCCCCUAAAAGAGGCCCCACGCACUUAUUCGUAAAUACCAUCAGCGGGGACAAAAAAAAGAUACUUAAGAAAGUCAAAAAGGAAUGUGGAAGAGGGGGAAUCAAGCGGGAGAGGAUGAUGGUUUGCGUCCAUCCUCCAAAUGGAAGCGACACGAAGAACAUUAAGGUGCAGAAUCUACCCAGUGGAACCCCCUCCUUCUUUGUAAUAAAAAAUUUCCAACGCAGAUGGAAAAGAAUUAAUGUGACAAAAAAUGAGUUACAACUAAAAUACUGCUUCUUGAUUGGACAGGAAUUCUGCUUCAGUGAAGUGAGCAGGGAUACCUACAUCGGGUUGGUGAAUAAAAAAAUUUAUCUUUUUAAGGAGUCCGAGGAGGGGGUCUUCUACCAGUGCGUUUACGAUCGGAGCGGUGGGAGCAGCGGUGAGUGGAGCGGCGGACGGAGCGAUGGACGGAGCGGUGGACGGAGCGACGGAGCCGAAGGGGAGGACGAGCCCCAGGAGGCCCACAGUAGCAAUCCAGAGAAGGCAAACACGAACGAUCACUACGACCAAGAUGUAAACGAUUUCUUCAAUCUGCAAUUUCCGUUAAGUAAAAAUAUCGAAAUGUGGAAAAAAAAAGACAAAAGAAUGAAAGAAAUUACCGAUAAAAUUAGGGGCUUGAGAAUAUUAAAGGCCGAUUCGGUGGAAUCAUUUUUCUCCUUCCUUUGUUCCACUAAUAAUAACAUUCCCAGGAUAACGUUAAUGAUAGACUGCCUGAGGAGGCGGUACGGCAGGUUCCUCGCCACAGUCAUGUUUGACGGCCAGGAUGUGCUGGUCAAAGUGAGGGAGGACGGGGACGCACAAGGGAUGCCCUUGAAUAGGAAUCAACAGGGAGUUGGCGUGGUGAAGGAUCAACAGGGAGUUGGCGUGGUGAAGAAUCAACGGGGAGUUGGCGUGAAGAAGGAUCAACAGGGAGUUCGCCUUAAGGUGGGGGAGGCACACUCAAUGCGAGUGAAAGGGGAGCCCCCCCAAAAUGGUGAUACGGAGGAGGAACGUCCUUCCGUUUUUCCACUGAAGUGGGAGCCGCAACUGCGCAUUCGGGUGAAGGAGGAGUACCCACAAAAUGGGGCAGGAGCGGAGGAGCAAAAUGGGUCCGCAGCGGAGGAGUACCCACAAAAUGGGACCGCAGCGGAGGAGUACCCACAAAAUGGAGACGAUGGAGACGAUGGAGACGAUGGAGGCCGCGCGGACGGGAAGGACAGAAUCUUCUACGAGCACCUAAAGACGGCCAUCAAAGAGGAACGGCAGAUGAAGAUUUUCCCCUUCUAUGAAUUCCCAAGUGUAGAAAUACUAUCCAAGUUAAAAGAGCAAGAUUUAAGGAACCUAGGGUUCGGAUAUAGAAGUAGCUACGUUAUUGAGAGUGCCAAAAUGUUAGUGAAACGAGGAAGUGAAGAAUGGAUUCAGGACCUUAAAAAGGAGAAGAAAACAAAAAAUUGCAUUGACCAAUUAAUACUCUUCCCAGGCAUAGGGCUCAAAGUAGCUAACUGCAUCUGCCUCUUCGGUUUGAAUAAAUUUGAUUGCAUUCCCAUAGACACGCACAUAUAUGACAUAAUAUAUAAGUACUACCAAAAUAUUGUGGAGUCUGAGUGCGCGUCGGUUCCUCGUCGCAGUGCGGUUGGAGCUGAUAACGCGGCGAACGUGGCUCGAGGAACUCCGAUAAAAGGUAAGAAGGGGAAGCCAACCACUAGGCAAACCAUACCCACUUGUGUCGACCGUGUGCUCAAACAGGAAGGUGAAAAAGACACAAGGCCCAAUUCGAAACGCCAUUCGAAACCUAAUUCAAAGCAGCAGAAGAAGGCCCUGACAACUUCUCUCUACAUCAGACUGUACACAAGGCUGAAGGACUUACUGGGGCCCAAUUGCGGGUGGGCACAAACCAUCCUUUUCGCGUCCGAGUUGAAAAAGUUCAGCCACCUGUUCGAGUAG